AUGUUACGACAGAUCAUUGGUCAAGCCAAGGAACGUCUGAGCUUGAUCCCCCUUUUAGUAUUUAUUGGGGCAGGAGGUACUAAAGCAGUGCUAGUCUUGUGACUGGCAUUGUUCAAUCCAGACGUUAGUCGGGAUAGGAAGAAUAACCCAGAACUCUGGAACAAACUGCAUCCCAGUGAUCAACACAAGUUCUGCUCAGUGAAUGUAGGUUACAGAAAACUGAAGAAAGAAGGUCCAGAUUUCUCAAUGAAACGUUUCUGUAUAAAGCUGCUUAGACUGAAGAUAUUCCAGAAGGCAUCCACACAGUUUUCCACUUACCCAGAAAAUAUUUCCCCUUUAAAUGCAUGAAAUCAUGUUGGUGUAUUGUGUUGGG